AUGGCUUGGGCUCUUGUUUCUACCAUCGUGGACCAGCUUGGUUCACUCAUUGCUUCAGAGUUGAAGGACCGGCUUGGUUCGCUUCUUCCUUCAGAGGUUGCGUCGAUUGUAAAUGUCAAGGAAGAAGUCGAAAAGCUUGAACGCAAAUUCCACGAGAUCCAGGCAAAGCUCAACGAUGCAGAGGAAAGGCAAGUGAAGGAGGAAGCUGUGAGGCUUUGGUUAGAAAAGCUCAACAACGUAUCCUACGAGAUGGGCGACGUAUUGGAUGAGUGGAACACUGCCAAGAUCAAAGCAGACAUUGAGAAAAAAGAAGAAGCUGAAGCUAGUACUGCUAAGAGGAGGAAGGUAUUGUCCCUUGUUUCUACUUUUUUUCAGCGUCGUGAUAUUGCUCUUAAGAUAAAAGAAAUUACUGAAAAGUUAGAUGAGAUUGACAGAGAGGGAGAUAUGUACCAGUUUGCACUGACUCGUGUCAAUGAAAAAGUUAUGAGACCACUAACUGAUUCCCACGUUGAUGUGUCGAGCAUUUUCGGUCGUGAUGAGGUUAAGGGUGAUCUAGUGAACAGCCUAUUGGGCAGGGGUAAUGAAGAAGAAAGAAGCCCACAUGUCAUUUCUUUAGCGGGCAUGGGUGGUGUUGGGAAAACCACUCUUGCUCAACUAGCAUAUAAUGAUAGUGAGGUGAAUUCUGCCCAUUUUGAGAUAAAGGGGUGGGUUUGUGUUUCUAAUCCUUUCAAUAAGUUUAUGGUUGCCAAAGAAAUCAUUCAAGCAUUUGAAGACAAUGACUCCAAAAAAGGUGACUCCAACACUACUCACUGGCCAAGUCUAAUGGAUAAAAUACGUGAAUUGGUUCGGGGAAGAAAGCUAUUUCUUGUCCUUGAUGAUGUGUGGACUGAAGACUCCACAUUGUGGGAGCCAUUUAGACUUGCACUCCAAAAUGCUGCCCAAGGCAGUAGAAUUCUAGUCACUACACGUAACAAUAGAGUUGCACAAGUUAUGGGAAGUGCAAAAAUGAUCAAUUUGGAGGAAUUGUCUGAUGAUGACUGCUGGUCGAUUUUUAGUACAAUAGCAUUUUCUGACAGGGAUUCUGAGCAACGUAAGGAUUUAGAAGAGAUUGGUAGGAAAAUAUCAGACAAGUGCAAAGGCUUGCCCCUUGCUGCAAGGACUCUAGGGAGUCUCAUGCGCUUCAAGAGUCGGAAGGAACAGUGGGAGAAGGUUUUUUGUAGUAGAUUGUGGGAAUUCAAAGACGUUGAAAGAGGUCUUUUUGCACCAUUGUUACUGAGUUAUUAUGAUUUGCCCUCGCCACUGAGACGGUGUUUCUUAUAUUGUGCUCUCUUUCCAAAAGAUUAUGACUUUUCUGAUGAGGAUUUGGUAUCUAUGUGGAUGGCACAAGGUUAUAUUAAGUCGAAUGCAAGAAGUGUGGCAAGUGAUUACUUAGAAAUUUUAUUCAUUCGCUCUCUCUUCCAAGAUUUUAGGGGUGAUGUAUAUGAUGAAAAUAUUAGGGGGUUCAAGAUGCAUGAUAUAGUGCAUGAUUUGGCACAGUUCAUGGCAAAAAAUGAAUGCAUCACAAUCAAUGGUUACGAAGAGUACAGGCCAAAUCUUCAAAAUGCUCGGCAUUUGUAUUUAGAAAUUCCACAAAAUGCUCAAAUUCCCGAGUCCAUCUACAACGCAAAAAAUCUACGCACCCUCAUCGUUGUAGGUCAUGAUAGUUAUAAUGUGUCCAAGUUGUUCCAUCAUUUUAGAUGUUUACGGACAUUAAGUUUGAGCUGUCAUUAAGGUAAAUUGAAGGUUUCGGAUGAAAUAGAAGAUUUGAUGCAUUUAAGGUAUCUCAAAAUACCUACUUGGCUAGAAAACGAAUUGCCUGAAACCAUAUGUAAUCUAUGCAAUUUACAAUUUUUGAAUAUUACAAGUAAUCACUCAGCUGGGUUCAAGAAAUUACCACAGGGGAUGAGUAAACUGAUUAAUUUAAAACGUCUUAUUUUCAAAGAACCUUUGGAAUAUCUUUUUGAGUUUCCAAGAGGGACUGGGAGAUUGAGCUCUCUUACAAAAUUAGGUCAUUUCUUUGUAGGUGGCAAGGAUGAUAGCCAAAGAUGUGGACUCGGAGAAUUAAAAGAUUUGAACCACCUUCAAGGAACUCUUAAAAUAUGUAGGCUGGGGAACGUGGUAGAUGUGUGUGAGGCCAAGAAUGCAGAGCUCAAUAAAAAGAUAGGCCUCCGUGAUUUGUAUCUGUACUUUUCUGGAGAGAACGUAGAGAAUGAUGGAGGAAGAAUGGAGACUGAUGUAUCAGUUCUGAAUGCCUUAGAGCCACCUCCAGGCUUGGAGAAGUUAGAAAUUGAUUCGUACCGGGGCACCACAAUGUUCCCUAAUUGGAUGAUGUCCCUAGCCAAAUUGAAAAGGCUUUCUCUGUCAAAUUGCGAAAAUUUAGAGCGCAUACCUCCUUUGGGAAAGCUUCAGUUCCUUGAACAUUUAAUUAUAGGUGCUCACGCUUUUCCAUUCAAAAAGUUGGGUGUUGAAUUUUUGGGAAUAGAAUCUGAAAACAAGAAAGACGGCAUAAUAAAAAUAUUCCCAAAUUUGAAAACUCUCCGGUUUUUCCUUUUGCUCAAGUGGGAAGAAUGGAUUGGGAUUGAAGGACAAGAAGAGGAAGAUUGUAUUAUUAUAAUGCCCUGUCUUCAAAAGUUGCAAAUUUGGACGUGCCCAAAGUUGAAGUCCCUGCCGGAUUUCCUUUUUAAAACUUCAUUGCAGGAGUUUGAGGUGAGUGGCAGUCCGAUUCUCUGCAAACGUUACCAAAGAGGGACAGGAGAGGACUGGGCCAAGAUUUCCCAUAUCCCAAACAUCAGGAUUGAUGGAAUUGAAGUGCAAAGAGACGGUCAAGAAGUUAUUCGAUGAGAUGAUGAAGAAGAGUUUGACCAAGAAGAGCAGUCUGAGGACGAAGAAGAGGGCCAAUGAUCUUUGCGUUUCUAGGUUCACAAAGUUUAGCUACAAGUAGAGAUUUAUCAAUGUCGAUUUGUGUGUGUGUCUGUGUCGCCAAAGUUCAUUCUCGGCUUGAUUAAGUGUUGCAGAAUUCUGAUCCAGUCACAGUUUGAAGUGUUUUGUUACAUGGAAAAGUGUGAAGUACAAGCAAGAAGAAGAAACUACAUAUACAUUGGCUUUGUUCGAUUUCGAUUAUAUACUCUUCUAAUGUUGAACUCUAAACUAUGGUCCAUAUGGGUAACUGCAUUUAGCUUAAGAGGGAAAUAGUCAUGCAAAUAAAUGACAAUUUAUUUAGCACCAUAAUAAGGAAAACAGGAAGUUUUAGUGGCACCUUUGAAACUGUCUACUGCAUUCACCUUUUCAUGGUGGUUUUUAUAAUGGUAGUAUAGCUUGCAUAUUGUAUCACAUAAUGAUACAUGACAGUGAGGUAAGUACUUGAUCAGGUUUUGGUUUUUUGUGGUGACAUUAUAUUUAAUCCCAGAGAUUUAAACUUCUUAUGUUUUUCUUGAUUUGUUGAGAACUAAAGUUGUAAGCAUUAUCU